AUGGGUGAGAAAAUGCCAGGAGGGGCUUGCGACUAUGUGCAGAUUGACCGGCCCUGCUUGAGAGCCCUGGGGCGAUAUAAAUGUUCAGCUGGCAUCCUGCCCUGGGUGCCUGCAAAGUUAGUCUCCUGCAAAAUUCUGCACACUGUGCGGCUUGGUCUCGAGCAUCCCCAACUUAUUUGCUCUCGCUUAUCAAAGUACCAUUCAGGCCAGUUUGACCUGCGGGUUGGAGCUCUUCUGCGGUGCUGGCACCUCUGUCUGGAGCGCGGAGCAGCGCGGACUGUUUUCGCCGCGCCCACAGCCAGCGGCCUCACCCUGCGGCUCGCGGAGCACGGGGCAACCACGAUAAUGGUGGUUCCAGGUUCCUCAGUCCCGUCGAAGUCCACGCGUGUGCGUCAAAACUUGCUUCCCAAUGGAGGACGCCAUUCACCAACUGCGCGACAGGUUGAGCAGCGACUGGAUCAGGAGUUUGCUCACAUCUAUGGUCCGGAACGCCAUCCUCGUCACCUGCUCCAGCGGCUGGCGAAAGUGCAAAAAAAUAUCCAGCUGCUCUCUGAGCAAUUCCAGCUGAUCUUCACAGCGAAGUCACAACUCGCAGACACGCUCCGCCAGCAGCUGCGCAGCUAUGAACUCCUUGCGACUCUGCAGGAGGCCGCCGGCGGCGAGGCUCCGGCGCAAGACGUGCGGUGCGAACAGAUAUACCAGGAGGGCGAGGAGCUUCUGAGGCGAUGGAUGAACACGGACCAGCGCGCGAUGCAGUUCCCCGAGUUCGCGGCCGACGAGCAGGGAGCGGAAGGCAAGGCUGCGACCGCCGCCGCCCCAGGCCCCGCGGGCACCCCCGACGCGGCUGUAGACGGCAUCUGGGCGAGAACCCAAGAUCACGUGAGUCGAAGAAACCUCAGCUCAACGCCUGGAGAGGUGAAUUCCGCGGUCGCCGGCGCCGCGGAGGCGUUUCCCGCCGGCCUUCCGGCGACUGUCUUGGGGCGGCCCGAGCCCGCUCCGGAGGCUGCAGCUCCGGGCUCGAGAGACAGUGGGAACUCUGCGGGAGAGAAAGCGCUUUCUGAACAGCAGACUUCGGGUGCCAGCGAAGAGACGAGAACCGAAGACUGUGUCUGCGGAUUCUUACCGCUCUCAGCUCCGGUAUUUGAACAGGUUCCAGCGUUGACGCGGCGAAGGGCGCGCCUGCAAGACGUGAACGCGCUGUUCCACUGUCUUUUUCACAUGCGCUACGAGAAGGGCAGGGAAGGCGCGUCGACGACCGUCAAAGAACUCAACAAAAUGAACUUCACGGUCGUGGGACAGACUGGCGAAGCGAAGCUCUCAACUCUUCGCUACUUGCGCCUGAUCGAAGUCAAUGGCAGGACAGGAGAAAUCCGUCUCCUGGCGCCUCCGAGGAAGACGCGAGCGGCUGCAGGCGGCCGGCGAGGUGCCUUGCGGGGGUCGCGUCAUGCAGGAACCGCCGUCCGGGCUUCGUCUCCUUCCUCUUCUGUCAUUUCCCGGCGGCCGCCUCCAAGUCGACUGGGCGCUGUGUCGAGAGCUCGAAGCGGCAGCUGGCAAGAGGCCAGCGGAGGCCUCGCGGCGAAGCGAGGAGGGGCUUUGGCCUCCGCAGGCUCCCGAGCCCCAACAGCCAGGAGGCCGGACGGCACUCAGAGCAGAACGUCUCUGCUACGGCGGUAG